AUUUAAAUUUAUGAAAUUUAAAUAUAGAUCAAUUUACGUGGUCACAUUGAUCCCCAACUGUAAAGACAGAAUAGCAUCUGAAACUGUGGAAAUCGAAAUUUUGUUAAAUCAUAACAAGGAUAAGCUCUGAGUAAAACCCUACUGGAUAAAAUGUUCUGCUUGCUCGCUGAGAAGGGUUUAUGUUAGUGAGCACAGCUACUCAAUUUUUUGUUAGUUUUUUUUUUAGGCAUCGGCGCAGAGGUUUCGAUGAAUCCAUUCAACGAAAAGCCAGAGACACCACCUCCUUCACAGUUCGAUCUGAAACCACACAUUGAAGCCGUUGAAAGCUUAUGGAAAGGCAAGGAGGAAGAAAAGGGUUAUGUGAAAACCCUCAAAGAAAUGUGGAAGGGUGAGGAGGAGAAACGUGGGUAUGAAAUUCCCUUUGUGAAGAGAAAUAAAAGAGAGAAAUCAUGGAUUCAGAAAGUGAAGAGCAUGGAUUUUGGGCCUGGAGGUGCAGUUGGUGUUGGUUGUGGUGUUGGGAUUGGAGUGGGCUUAAUUGGGGGAGUUGGGAUUUCAGAAAACCCAUGGAAUCAUCUCAAAUUAGUAAUUGGAUUUGGAGCAGGCUGUGGGGUUGGCAUUGGAUACGGCUUUGGACAUGGACUUGGGUAUUUUUGGGAUCGCAGGCCACCUAAAAAACCUGAGAGAAAGAUCAUUCAAAUUUGAUGAGUAUUCUGUACUGUAAUCCUUAUCCUGAACUAAUGUAAGUCUGCAUUUAAUGGAAUUCUUUGUUUGUUAUAAUUGGUUAUUUAGGCUGAGGACCAGAAAUAUGUUGUUUUAGCUAGUGAUUGGUUUGGCUAAUACUUUUUAACCUCGAAUCAUCAAUCGAUAGUUGAAUUUUUGUUC